AUGAAUGGUCCAGCGUCUCAUGGUACGGUGUGCAGGCUAGGGACGUCCCCGCAGCAGCUGGCCUUCCACCUCUACCGCACGCUGGCCACCGUACUCGCCAGAGACUAUGUGAUGACCCAGUUUGCCUAUAUGCUGCUUCGACUCUUCGAUAAAGGCUCGUUUGUGGUCGAAGCACAGCAUUUCACCGACACCUACAAGGCCACCUCUGCCAAACUGGUGGAGGAGGCCAGCCUGGCGCUGCGGACUGCCCUGGACUCGCUGUUCUGGCGCUGCGACCCUGCACUCCACCGGCGCGGCGCCACCUUCGAGGAGGUCACGGCGCUGCUCCAGGGCUACAUGGAGAAUGAGGAUUUUCUAAAAAGGAAGAGUGACUGGGCUCUCGAAGAUAGCUGCUACUCAUACUGCUCCGACUUUGACAUCACGAGUUCAAAGUGCCAGUUUGCCGACAAUUUGUCACACGAGCUCUGCAAGCAGCGUUCGUGCGGCGGUACGCUGCACGACUGCCGCUUUGUCACGGCGAAGGCCACGCUGUGCGAGGCUGACCCCAGAACGGGCCGGCGGUACAACUGGAUCCGGGACUCGGACGGCCGCGUCUACGGACCGAAAGGGGACAACGCGCUGGGCAGCUGCACCGGCACCUCCAAUCCAUCGUAG